UUUUGUUACGCCCUGUCAGCCGACGACGGAACCACUUUCAGGACUAAAGUGAGCUCAGAGUCGGAGAACUUUGUGGACCUGUCGUCCGUCGCCUGCAAUGGCAAAGCGGCCGAUCGUAUACAUGCCGAUGGAAUUCAUAUUCUCAUUAAUAUGAACGGCUAUACCAAAGGCGCCCGCAAUGAGAUCUUUGCUCUGAGACCGGCGCCCAUUCAGGCCAUGUGGUUGGGAUAUCCCGGAACCAGUGGCGCACCCUUUAUGGACUACAUAAUCACGGAUGCCGUGACGUCGCCCAUCGAGUUGGCCGACCAGUAUUCAGAGAAGUUGGCGUAUAUGCCGAACACAUUCUUCGUCGGUGAUCACAGACAGAUGUUUCCACAUCUCAUCGAACGAGUCAUUCUAUUGGACGCCAAGAAAUCGGCUCAAGUGUUGGCCUCACCCGAGACGGCAGAUCCUCCCGACAACGUGUCGAUCGUAAACGCGACUGAUUUGUCGCCCAUUAUAGAGAAAGUGGAGAUUAAAACGAUUCGAGAGGUGGCUGUCAUGACCACAAUCGCCACUUCUUUGACUGCGAUCCAUCCCGUGAUCUCUACAGAGAAAGUGGAAGUCGUGAAGACAAUCGUUGAGUUGCCCACAACACAACCCGUGCAGGCGAUGAUCACCAAUGGACACGUCCAGACAUCAGUCAAUGGAAUUGUGGUCCAGAAUGGACUCGCGACCACUCAAAUGAAUAACAAAGCGGCCACUGGAGAGGAGGCGCCCAAAGCUAUAGUAGUGACUACUCGACAGCAGUACGGUUUGCCUGAAGACGCGAUUGUGUUUUGCAAUUUCAAUCAACUCUACAAAAUAGAUCCGCAAACACUUACGACUUGGGUUAAUAUCCUAAAACGGGUGCCAAACAGUGUGUUAUGGCUGUUAAGGUUCCCAACUGUCGGUGAGACCAAUAUCGUGGCCUCUGCUGCCAGUUAUGGUCUUCCGGCCGGACGGUUAGUCUUUUCAAAUGUUGCCGCAAAGGAGGAGCACGUGAGGAGAGGGCAACUCGUGGACGUGUGCUUAGACACG